CGGGUGUUGUAAACAGCCAAAACUCAGUCAGCAGGAGGAUCGGUGUGUGUCGGAUUUUAACGCUCAAACGCCACUGAAAGAUUUGAGCGAUGUCGGCAUCACCUCCUCAAGUCAUCCACAGGAAACCUCCAGGUGUUCGAGUAAUGAUCACAUCUCGAGACCAGACCCCUCCCGGAGGCCUGAGCAACAACACAGACGCCAGCAAAGUGAACGGUGCCAGUGGGGAGUCAAAUCACACAUCUCAACAGAACGCCGACCGAGAAGUUGAAAUCUUGAACCACUGCUUUGAAGACGUUGAGAAGUUCAUGACACGCUUGCAGCAGGCAGCCGAGGCCCGGUUUGUUCUCAACCAAAGGAAGAAGAAGGGAGGCAGAAAAAGCAAGAAGGAGAAUCAAGAUGUGGCCGAUCUGUUGACAACCAAAGCGGACCCUCCUCCAGAAGGAGACUUUAUAAACGUCUUUCAGAAAAUAAAGUACUCCAUCUGUUUGCUGGACCGUCUCAAGCCAGUCAUCUCACAGCCGGAUGCUCCAAAUCUGCUGCACUACAUCUUUGUGCCUCUCAACCUGAUUGUGAAAACCACUGGAGGGCCAACGUUAGGCGCAUCGGUGGUCAGUCCGGCUAUGACCAGGGGGGCUGUUUCUCUGCUCCAGGAGCACCUGAAUGAAGAGGAAAAAGAGCUGUGGACAUCAUUAGGAACCAACUGGACCUCACCCUGCUCGGGCCUCAGUAAAUCGGUACCUUUGUAUUCUCCCGUGUUCCUGGAUGGGUGGAAGCCUCAGGCUUUUGACUCAACUGGUCGACAACUAGAAGAUCCCAUCCAGUUACAGCACAAAGAGGACGUGGCCAGAGAAAGGAUGCAGAGACAACAUCUACAGACACAACCUCCACCUACAGCCGACGGCACAAAUAUAAUAGAUGGAAACACGCUCCCGCAGAAACUUUGUCGCUGCAAUUAUGACUUUGUGGCCAGAAACAGCAGUGAACUCUCUGUGCUGCAAGGAGAAACUCUGGAGGUCCUCGACUCGUCGAAGCGCUGGUGGAAAUGUCGGAAUCACUAUAAUCAAAUAGGAUUUCUUCCCUAUAAUAUUCUGGAGCCUCUGUCUGCGGUGAACGACGCAGAGACAGACAAUCCGGUGCUCCGAACUGAUUCAAAGAGAGCAGCCAAGAACCCUCGGACAAACUGUUACUCGUACACUCCAUCUAGCUCAGACAGGAGCGAUUCGGCAGCUCCGAGCCCAGUGAUGCGACCUCAGAGCAUGGUUCUACAGUCCACACCCAUGGCCAGAGAAGAGGGGAAUCGAGUCCUGGUUGUGAACGACGAGCUUCUACAGCGGCUCAUGAAACAGAGAAGCUCCGCUGAUCAGCCACCGGUGGACACGUUUGUCCCCCUGAACUACCACUCCCCCCCUGCUGAGGUGGAGGCAUGGCUCACAGCCAACAGCUUCACUCAGCAGACAAUCGAGUGCCUGGGAAUUUUGACUGGAGCGCAGCUGUUCUCCCUGACCGAACAGGAGCUCUGCACUGUGAUCCCCGAAGGGGCAAAGGUUUACGCGCAGGUCCUGGAUCAGAAGAGGCAUCUUGAGGUUGUGCGCAAAGCAGCGGAAAUAGACACGGGAGCGAAGAAGCAAAACGCCUGACCUGAAUAAAGACACGUGACUCGUGUGGUGCAGAUAUCCAGCAAAACACGUCCAACAUCAAACCCAUUGAUGUGAGGAUUACAUGGAUUGACUGUUUAUUCUGACAUGUGUGACUCAUCAGCACAAGAUUCAAGAAUAUUCUACUUUUACACGUUUUUAAGACAAACUUUACUUUUUUUAAGUUUUUAUCUUAUUUAU